AUGGGACUGGCAAGCAAGGCAUCGUCUCAUCCCGAGUCUGGCUGCGAGAUCACACAGGCGCCAUUGUCUCAAGCAGCCCGGGGUCUUAUUGUAGCAGCGUCUCUGGGAAAGGACGAGCCUUCAAGUCCACGGCCCGCUGAAGAAUGGGCUUUCUGCAGGCUAAGGCCACGAAAACUGUAAGGGAUGAAUCCGAGAGGCUACGGAGUAGAUUUGGAAAAGGGGCACCCCUCCUUAGACAAGUUUGGAGUCCCCAUCCAGACCUCCCUCUCCCUCUUGCGGUGCUGACCUCCCUUCUCCACCUCUGCUUAAUAAAGCCUGGGCCUUGGUCAUUAUUUUGGGCAGAUGGAGACGGGGGCAGGCAGUGAAAGGAGCUGGUGUCACUCCUGAGGAGAGGAUGGUAGGGAUGACAGAGAAGAAAAAGGGAAUCAGAGAAAAGAUCAAAAGCAGAAGCUCGCCUUUCACUGGCCUGAAAGCGCUAAAGAGGAUAAGGAACGAUCGGGCCCGGGGUCUCCUGUCCUCUCUGGCAAUUAGACUCAGCUGA